AUGCACAGAACACUGCCGCCGCGCAUUUCUGGGCUCACUCAUAAUCGCCUCAUUUCAUCCCAGAGAGCCCGCUUUCUCAGUACUCAUUCGGCUGACGUUUUUGCGGACGCCAAAUCCGCAGAGUUCCUAGCAGCAGCAGCCAGCGCCUCGUCCAUUCCACGCUUGCAUGGAUUACCAGAGGUAAUUGUCACAGGUCGUGCAAAUGUAGGCAAGUCGACUCUCCUCAACGCUGUCAUCGGCCGCAGAAACCUACUCCACACAAGCAAGCAGCCUGGUCGUACGCAGACGCUGAAUUUCUACUCCGUAGGCCCUGAACCUGGAAAAUUGGUGCUAGUGGACGCUCCAGGAUAUGGGGCUCGUGGCCGACCCGAGUGGGGCGCAUUGUUCAAUCAUUACGUGCAAUAUCGGAAGGAGCUCAAGCGGGUUUUCAUCCUCUUCAAUGCGAAGCAUGGGCUGAGUGACAUCGACCGUGCGAUGCUGCAGUCUCUUGACGAACAAUGUCAGUCAUCCGCCGGGACGAAGUUUACUCUUCAGGCGGUAAUCACCAAAGCAGAUAGUCUCUUACAAUCACGCAACGCUGGAAACACUGUUCAAGACCUUCAAAAAGCCAUUUUUGAGGCAGCCCCGACCUGUUUGCCGGCAAUUGUGACAACUGCACUAAAACAUCCUCACUUUGGUAUUGAGGAAGUUAGGCGGAGCAUUGCGGACGCUUGUGGACUCGUGUAG